CAACAAGAGAUUCACUGGGUUUCGAGUGCCGUUCCUAGAGAUGAACCACCUAAGAGCCUCCAGCAGGUUAAAGGUGCCCCAGACACCUACAAGAUCGUUGAGAAUAUUCCGUCGCCUCGGGUCAUCAAGUCCCAUCUUCCACCUCAGUUUCUGCCUCCCCAGCUCUGGGAGAAGAAAGCAAAGAUUGUCUACGUCAUCCGUAACCCCAAGGACGUGGUUGUGUCCUACUUCUUCUUCAUAAAAAUGAUUAAUCCUCAGAAAGUGGACCAAGCAUUUAGCGAGUUUUUCAAGGAAAUGAUGGAUGGAAGAGGUACUUCGACAAAAUCAUUAACAAGGCUGUCAACUGUCAAGGGUCGCUCGUUACCUUAUGGUCCUUGGUGGGACCACUACUUGUUCUUCUGGAAGAAGAGACACGAACCGAAUGCCCUGUUGGUGAGAUUUGAGGAAUUGAAGAGGAAUGUUGAGAAGAUCAGCAACUUCCUGGGUAAGCACUUGUCGGCUGAGACGCUGGAUGCCAUCACGGAGCACUGCACGUUCGCUAACAUGAAGAAAAACCCCAUGUCGAGUCCUGACAUCUUUUUUGGUCCCCCAAAAUCGGCCACCAACAGUGGUGCUGACAGCGCAACCUCCUUCAUGAGAAAAGGGAAGGUUGGCGAUUGGAAGUUCCACUUCACUGUGGCCCAGAGCGAGGCGAUGGACGCCUUCAUUCGGAACAAGUUCCAGGGGACAGGAAUGACCUUUGACCACUAG